CUGGGGGAGAUCAGGCUAGAGUUUCCGCGAGUCUGUAAAAUGGAAACAAUGACAAAUAAUUCAGUUAUUGAAGAUCGACAACAAUUCGGAACUUCUUCACAUAGAAGUUUACAUGAAGUUCGAAGGUCCUUAAGCGGGUUGAAUUCUAGGGUUCCUCGUCAAAGACCAGAUAUGAAGAGAGUGAAAAGAGUAAGGUUUGCAGAGACUGAAGUUGAUUGUCCAGUAAUUGGAAAACGUAAUCCUUAUGCACUACCGGCGAAAGAAGCCCUUCCUCCUACUUUUGAAGAACCAAAAACAUCAGAGUAUGCAUUUUAUAAGAAACUUCGUACAGAUGCUGAUGGUAGUUUCAACUCGUAUACACAGAAGAAACAGGACACUGCAGAAGCAAAUAGACCUGUUAGAGAGCCGAGCAACACACGCAAUCCUGUUAAAUUUGAUGAUCUGAGAAGGUCUUUGAUGCCUGUUGCAAUGGUUACACCAAUUAAAGUCGGAUCACCUCAGAUGUCCCGGCCAUCUCUGUCAUUACCAGGGGAGUCAAGGAACUCAGUACGAUUGGUUUUUGUCGCACACACAUCUGGGCUGCACUGCUGCACUUGGGCUCAAAACAGAAAUGUGGAAGUCUUUGCAGCAAAGAGGAAGAAAUUACUUCGUUGGGCUUUGGAAUUCUCAUCUAGUGACAUUAGCCAGUGCCACUCAAAAGGGUACGAUUUGGUAUCAGUUCUCCUACAACGGCUAAUUCCUGAGAGCAACAAAACUGCAAGCAUGCAGAUUUGUUCUACUCAAAAGACAAAGCAUCCAGUGUCGACCACCAAGUCUCAGUUGCUUGCCCUGGAGGAGCUUCCUGAAAGCUCAUCUUCGCCUGUGAAUUUUGUUCGACCUUUUGCUAAGCAUUGCAUAGAAAAUGGUUUGUCAAACUGUUGGUCCAACCAGUUUAGAGAGAACAUUUUCAUGCAGUUGGAUACUAAGAAUUCUGGUUCUCCUUUAGCUCAGCAGGCCAACAAAUUUCACCUUCAGUGUCGAAAGAGAUACUCUGAUGAUUUUACAGGUGAUAAAAGACGUAGAAGUCUGCAGAUAAUGAGGGAAUCCGAUUUUGAUCUUGAUCUUAUAGAUGAUAGAAAACUUGGAAGUUUGCAGAUGCGAAGGGAAUCAGAUUAUGAUAUUGACUACCUAGAUAGAAAAGAAUUAUUCAGUGGAUAUGGACAUCCUUCACUAAAGCAAUCUAAAUCGGACUUCUCAAUCCGUGGAAACCUGCAUUCAUUCUGGGAUUUUUCAGAGAAGCAACUUGGCCUUAGUAACAAGUCAAGCUCCAAAGAGUUGGAUGCGCUUUAUGAUCUAAAUGAACCUCUACUUAGAAGUGAACAAUGUACUCAAUAUUUGGGUUACUAUGACUAUGAUUGGGGAAAUGAACAAUAUCUUUCUUGCAAUUCUCCAAUCACCAUAUUGGAUUGGAGUCCCACUUCAAGUACUUUAUCAGAAGAUUAUAACUGGACAACUUCAAACCUGCGCAACUGAGCUGCAGUCUUCAUCUGUUUUUUUCCCUUUGUGAGGGUACAGGUUUUCCUUUGUUGGACUCCUACUCAGAAAGCUAUCCUCUACCUGGUUUGGGAAGAAGCCAAAUCAAUGAAAACAGGAACUGUCAAGUUGCCAUCUCGCAUCAUUUCCCACCGAUGAACAUAUCUUUCAACUCCCCCAUUAUCUUUCUUUUACAGAGAACAUUAAGAUGAGUGGUGACUGCAUAAACAGAAGUAUCUUACACUCUCCGUGUGGUAACGUCAGAUUCAUGAGCAUGGGUUUUAGGGAUACGAUUUUGCCAAAUUUGGAGAAACUGCAACUACCCUCUGGUGUUAACUUCAAUUAUGAAACGAAGGGAUUAUCAGCCAUCGGUUCUGUUGAAGAGUAUCCCUCACCAGGCCAAUCUGAUUUACAACUGGUCGCGUAGGAUACAAAAGGUCUAUAUUCUUCCUCACAUAUGGGAGCCAUGAAUGAUAUGUGCCUGGAAGGCUUAAGCCACGAAGCAGCAUUUUGUCACAAUGAUGAAGAUAUAAUAGAUACCCAUGACUACUCCCCCAUUGGUUUCAAGUUUUCUCUGAACGCAGAAAUGGCCUGUCCGAGGCUGCUUGACAAAUCAAGAUGGAUAGAAAUAGAAAAAAAAAUCUCCAAAAAAAUAAAUAAAUAAAAAUAGAAAAAAAAUAAAAAGAUGGAUAGAAAUAGAACCAUUAGAAACGUCUCACGACUAUUGGGGAUAAAUAUUCAUGUCACCACCUUGUUCUGCUUCUGGACUUCUUGUGCUUGGACAAAUAUCAUCUUUGGGUUGGACUGCACAGCUAGCAGGUACUCUCAGUUGUUGAUAUUGCCACCGAGAACUACCCACUUUUUUGCAUAAUUUGAUAUACCCAACUUUCUCCACCAGUUCAGUUUCUGGAGAAAAUGGUUGGCUAGGGUGAUACCUUUGUUUUUUGAUAGGGUUACAGUACUUGCUUGUAUUUUGGUCAAGCUAAUAAUGACUGUUAGUUUGUAUUAAUUCAUGCUUUAAUAAUAGUGCACAUUGUCAGUA